UCCAAUCAAACUUGGUUGAUUCUAAACCAAACUUCAACUUCCCACACCCACUAAUACAAUACUUCUCUUCAGAGUCUCUUAGUUCUUUCAUGGCACAACUUCAACCUAUGAGUCAUGAGCGAGAAUUUGAGUCGUUUACGGCUCGACUUAACUCGCUCGUGACUCAUAGUUGGCUCGGCAAGCGAUUUAAACUUGCCGAGCGUAACACUACCUUUACUACCGAGCUCCGCGCCGGCACCGCCACAUUCCUCACCAUGGCUUACAUCCUUGCCGUCAACGCCACCAUCAUUGCUGACUCCGGCGGAACGUGCUCGGUCUCCGACUGCAUCCCUUUAUGCUCCGACCCGAAAACGCCACUCGCCCAAUGCCCGACCCAUCUCAUAACCCGACCCGAUAACUCAUGCAAGUUUCCGCCCGUUAACCCGGGUUACGCGGCGUGCGUGGACCGUACGCGCCGCGACCUCAUCGUUGCCACGGUGGCAUCGUCGCUGAUAGGGUGCACCAUAAUGGGCGUGUUGGCGAACCUUCCUCUGGCCCUGGCUCCGGGCAUGGGUGCAAACGCGUACUUCGCUUAUUCAGUAGUCGGGUUUCACGGGUCGGGUUCGAUACCGUACAAAACCGCAUUAACCGCUAUUUUCUUAGAAGGCUUAAUUUUUCUCUUGAUCUCAGCCGUUGGAUUUCGCGCGAAACUGGCGAAACUCGUUCCGAAACCCGUCCGAGUUUCGUCCUCGGCGGGAAUCGGUCUCUUCUUGGCCUUCAUUGGGCUUCAAACGAACGAAGGCAUUGGGCUGGUCGGGUUCAGCCCAUCAACGCUGGUGACCCUCGGAGGCUGUCCGAGAAACCAACUAACGGCGUUAGCUCCGGUUUUGACAGUUAACGGAAGCGUUAGUUUAGCCUCUGGCGGCGCCGUUUCCGACAAGAUACUAUGUUCGGGGAACCGCAUGGAGAGUCCAACGCUAUGGCUUGGGUUGGUUGGGUUUGUCAUCAUAGCGUAUUGUUUAAUGAAAAACAUUAAAGGCGGUAUGAUAUACGGCAUCGUUUUGGUGACUGUGAUUUCGUGGUUUAGGAACACGCCUGUUACGGUGUUCCCCAACACCGAAUUGGGCGACGCGGGGUAUGAGUAUUUCAAAAAGGUGGUUGACGUGCACGUGAUUGAAAGCACCGCGGGGGCGUUGAGUUUUGAUAACAUGCGGAAGGGUGCAUUCUGGGAGGCGCUGUUGACGUUUUUGUACGUUGAUAUUCUCGACACCACGGGGACGUUAUAUUCGAUGGCUAGAUUCGCGGGGUUUCUGGACAUCAACGGUGAUUUCGAGGGUCAGUAUUUCGCCUUCAUGGCUGACGCGUCGUCGAUCGUGGUGGGGUCGUUACUUGGGACGUCACCCGUGACGACGUUUAUUGAGUCGUCAACGGGGAUACGGGAGGGUGGACGGACGGGGCUGACGGCGUUAACGGUUGCGGGGUAUUUUUUUCUGGCGUUUUUUUUGACGCCGUUGCUGGCGUCGAUUCCGGCGUGGGCGGUGGGGCCACCGUUGAUCUUGGUGGGGGUGAUGAUGGUGAGAUGUGUGGUGGAGAUUGAUUGGGAGGAUAUGAGGGAGGCUGUGCCGGCGUUUGUGACCAUUCUGUUGAUGCCUUUAACGUAUUCUAUUGCUUAUGGGUUGAUUGGGGGCAUUGGGACGUACGUUGUGUUGCAUGCGUGGGACUGGGGGGACGACUUGGUCAGGAAAUUUUUCUUCAUGGGGAGCUUCAAGGACAUGUCCAAUGUAAAUACAAAUCUUAACGCAAAUGUAAUUAAUGAUCAUCAACAACAACAUGAUAAGGGGAUUCAAGAUCAUAUCACUAUCUAACUAGAUUAAUGUUAGUAUGACACUUUGUUACAUUUUUUUUCCCUUUCUAAUACCUUUGUUGCAUAACUCUUAUACACUUUUCGUAACCUAUAUUAUUCUAUUAGUUAAGAAUUAUUAAAAGUUAUGAAAUUAUAUAAGACAACUGUAUUAUACUAGGAAAGGAAAUUAAAUAAUUUUACAAAUU